AUGAGCAGUUGGAGUGUGUAAAAAGGUGGUGAGUGCCUUCUCCAAGUCAUGGAAGAAAAAACGUGAAUUGGCCAAAGCACAAUCAGUGCUGGGCUUGCCUCCUCAUCCUCUCAUCACUGAAAGCCCUACAAGAUGGGCCUCGUGGCAGAUGAUGAUAGAGAGGUUCCUGGAGCAGGAGAAAGCUCUUUCACAGGUUCUCCUUGCAGACAAGAAGACAAGAUAUCUGGUGCCAAGCUGGCAAGACGUGGCAUUGCUGGAGUCCUUGAACAAGGCACUGGGUCCACUGUUCAAGUUUACUGAUGCUUUGUCGGGGGAGAGUUAUGUCAGCUUAUCUUUUCUGAAGCCAGUUCUGCACCUCUUCAACAACGAAAUCCUCAGUCAGAAGGAUGGAGACACAGAGCUCACAAAAGCAGUCAAAGAUGGUAUCCUCAAGUACCUCAGUGAAAAGUGUGAUGACCAUGCCACCAACAGUGCACAAACAGCAGCAGCCUCCAGUUCACCCCCAGCUGCUGAAGAUGAUCCAAAGCUUCCCCGUCCCACAAAGAAAAAGAAAAGUUCAGGUAGCUACUUCAAAAAGGCAGGUCAAUCCACCACCAACUCCCAACCCACCAGAGCAUCCAUUGAACUGGAGCUCUCCAUGUAUCUUCAGACACCUGGGCCUGACUCAGAGACUGACCCGCUGGAAUGGUGGAAGCACCAUGAGACAAACUUUCCAUUGGUGGCCAGGCUGGCCAAAAAGUACUUGUGCAUUCCUGCUACUAGUUCUUCAUCUGAAAGGGCUUUCAGUGCGAGUGGGAACAUCAUCACACGUAAGAGGUCAUGUCUUAAGCAAAACACAGUUGACCAACUAGUCUUCCUUGCACUCAACCUGUAA